AUGUCAAAAAUAUUUACACCAACAAAUCAAAUUAGAUUAACGAAUGUGGCCAUAGUUAGGUUAAAGAAAGGUGGUAAAAGAUUCGAAAUAGCAUGUUACCGAAAUAAAGUUGUAUCAUGGAGGAAUAAGCUGGAGAAAGAUAUCGAUGAAGUGCUCCAAACACAUACCGUAUUUAUAAAUGUAUCGAAAGGGCAGGUUGCUAAAAAAGAGGAUUUAAUGAAAGUCUUCGGCAAAGACGACCAAACUGAAAUAUGCAAAGAAAUAUUAGAAAAAGGAGAACUUCAAGUUUCAGACAAGGAAAGACAAUCCCAAAUUGAUUCUCUGUUCAAAGAUAUAGCAACUACUGUAGCUGACAAAUGCAUUAACCCCGAAACAAAAAGACCUUACCCAGUUUCAAUAAUUGAAAAAGCUAUGAAAGAUAUCCAUUUUUCAGUAAACGUAAACAAGAGUGCGAAGCAGCAGUCUCUUGAUGUGAUACAACUAUUAAAAAAAGAAAUUCCACUUGAGAGAGCACAAAUGAGAGUCAGAAUUCAAUUACAAGGUAAAGAUGCACGUAAAAUAAGAGACAAAGUCGUUAAAUUGGUUACGAAUGUAGAGGAUGAAUCAUGGGAUUCUGGCACUGCUAACUUAAUAUGUCUCAUUGACCCCGGGAGCUUCAGGAAUUUAGAUGAAAUGAUACGAACAGAUACAAAAGGGAAUGGACAGUUUGAGUUAUUGAACCUAAAAGAAAUGAUUGAAGGAGAACAAGCAUUGUAA